UGCAGGGGGAGAGCAUGGCCUCGCGCGAGCCGCCCGCCACCACCUUGCCGCGGCCCGAGGUGCCCACGGGGUUAGCGCUCUUCCUCACCAUCCCCUACGCCUUCUUCCUGCCCGAGCUGGUAUUUGGCUUCUGGGUCUGGAUCUUCGUGGCCGCUACCCAAGUUGCCAACCCAUUGCUGCAAGGAUGGGUGAUGUAUGUGUCCCUCACCUCCUUCAUAAUCUCGCUGGUGUUCCUGCUGUCUUACUUGCUGGGAUUUUACAGAAUACUCGACUCCUGGAAAAUCCUGAACAGCUUGUACCAGGGCACCACCAGCAUCCUGUACAUGAGUGCAGCCGUCCUACAAGCGCACGCCACCAUCAUCUCUGAGGGGCAAAAUAUCAGUCAUUACUACCUGAACACGGCUGCUACGUUCUUUGCCUUUGUAACCACCUUCCUCUACAUCCUCCACGCCUUCAGCCUCUACUACUACUGAGGGGAGAGUGCUCUUUCAUCGCCUGGAUUAUUGGGUCCCCAAAGUAGCUUUCAACACUCACCCUCUGGAUGAUCAAACACAACAACAACAACAACAAAACAGAAAGCCACCCACUUCGUGAACAGAGCCACUGUGGAGUCGGGGCAAUGAAAUCCUGCCCCGGCAUAUCUGCUCGGCCUUCUUGGUUCCUGAGGAAGAGGAGAAGGUGGUUCUUUCCUUCUGCAGUCGCCUGACUCUUGGCAUUGUCUGGUGGUGAACAUUGCUCCCCUGGAAAGCUCUCACCAAGGUGUUUGCUGUGGCGAAUUCCAGGACCCUUGGGCACCUGUUAGGAGGUUCUACCUCCGUAGCAAUGCCCAUGGUUGCCCAUGGUCUGUAUCCAGAAACAUUCCGUCAAACUUCUUUAAAAAUUGAAAUGGUGCUGUCACUGCGUUCGGACCCUGAGACCCACAGACCUUACUCCCCACCCUUGUUCCACAGUUCUGCCUCUGCUUUGUAGUGGUCCCUCCCUACCCCAAACUAGCUCCCCAACCUCCAGCCCCUCCUCUAGCCCCCCUCCACCAGUCACUACACUGCCCUGCCCUUCCUUUUCCCCUUCCCUUUCCUCCCUCCUUUCAGAUGCAAGGGAAACUGGUAUAAAAUCAACUUUAAGGGUCACUUUCUGAGGAAAAUAAAGAAUUGGCUCUUCAAAAUCGCUGUCCCAUGAGAUUGGGGGUGGAGGGCAAGAGAGGAAAGGAUCGGCCCCUUGUCCCCAAGCCUGGCUGCAUGAGCCAAUGGCCGGCCGCCACUACCCCACCGGCUCAUCUCUCAAAAAAGAACAUCAAUGACAGAAACAGGAUGUCCAAGAACAAGGAUGGUUCUCUGAGUUCCUAUCACACCAGGUAGGACAUAUCAGAAGACACAAGAAGGGCCUCAGGAACCCCUUCUGUAUCACCUAUCUUCUUGCCUGCCUAUGGGACUGUCACCUGAGUGGGAUCUGGGUCUGUUCAGCCAGUGGAGGGAUUCUGAACAUGCAGAAGCCAAUGCACUGGACCUUCUCAAAGACAGGCUGGCACUGACCACACAGAAAUGUAAGCCUGAUUGCAAUUUCCAUGUCAACAAUUUCCAGAAAGAAGUUGGGCUUGUUGGUGUGUGUCCACCUGUAUAGUGGAAGAUACAGCCCUUGUCCCCAUCUCCGCAGUGGUGGUCACAACAGUGCCGAGGAGGGC